AUGAGUAAUGCAAACAAUAGCACUAUGAACCACGUCACGUUGCCUCCCAUUUCGUCAUUCGACAACCUUAUCAAGGCAGCCGAGAGGCAGUAUAAUGGUGAGGCGUCGUCUGCCUCGACGCAUCCGGCCCUGCCCAAUAUGAACAUCAACAAUAGCAGUGGGGGUGCGGGCGCGUCAUCGUCGAUGCUGAGCUAUCAGUUGCUUCCGCACUCCAACGACGUGUCGCGGUCGAACUCCAGCUCUAGCUUUCUUCCCUCCGUGCAGCAGCCUGCGGAAGGGUCCGCAUCUGCAUCGGAGAACUCUUCCUCUGCAUCUCCCUCACGCUCCAUAUCGCCGACCUUGAAGAUGGCCGCUCCCUCAUCUGCUGGUGGUGGCGGCGGCGCAAGUGCCACCCAUAGCAUUAAAAUCAAUAAGCCUAGAAAGAAAAAGCAAUGUCCGAUUUGUCGCAAUUUCUAUGCCAAUCUGACCACGCAUAAGGCAACGCACUUGACGCCGGAGGACAGACCUCACAAGUGUCCCAUUUGCCACCGUGGGUUUGCCAGAAACAAUGAUUUAUUAAGGCAUAAGAAGAGGCAUUGGAAGGAUGAAAUACUGUCUCAAUCGGGAGCGCCCUCGAGCCUCAAUGAUGCUACGGGCGGAUUUGUUUCCCCUAACGAUGAUGAAAGCCACGAAAAAAUGACGCCGAUGAAUUCCGUCACGGAUUAUGCACAAUUGAAGUCAUUGCAUCAGAUAAAGGGUACGUUUAAGUGCCCGUUCAAUUCCACGUUGAUUCAACUGGAUAUGGAUAUGUAUCCGUAUAAGCUCAAGCCUUUGAAUUUUGAGACUUCGAACUGUCACCAAACAGGCGUGUUUUCACGUUGUGACACGUUCAAAAACCACUUAAAGGCUUUGCAUUUUGAGUACCCACCGGGAACGAAGAAAAAGGAUAGAAAUGUCGUUCCUGGUAGAUGUAAACAUUGCGGCCUGAAGUUCGAAAAUGUCGAUGUUUGGCUCAACGAACAUGUAGGUAAACAGUGCGGUUAUAAAUACCAUUGA